AAGAAAAAUGUCGCUUAAUUACAGAGGAGUUUAUGAAAAAGACAGAUUCUUUAAAUGUUGGUCAAGUCCCGCCUCCAAUAUUGACAUGAAAGUGGACCAAUGAAACCACACCACAGUACUGUUAGCGGUUCAGUUCCAGCUUGUCGCCCUUCCCGUAUGCUAUGACCCCCGGAAGUGCUCAAUGUCAAUUCAAGAUGGCAACGCACAUGGCGAGGUUCAGGACUUGGAACAGAGCGAAGAGUUUUGGCAUCGCUGCGUAUAGACGGUACAGCAGUGGUGGCGGAUACCCGAAUGUGUCGUUGUCCACACCGCUGCCCGGCAUACCCAAACCGGUGUUUGCAACAGUUGAUGGACGUGAGAAAUACGAGACCAAAGUAACCACUCUUGAAAACGGCCUCAGAGUUGCAUCGCAGAAUAAAUUUGGCCAGUUCUGCACAGUUGGGGUUCUAGUGAACUCUGGAUCACGACAUGAGGCAAAAUUUCCUAGUGGAAUUUCUCAUUUCCUGGAGAAGCUUGCUUUUUCUUCCACAGCCCAGUAUGGGAGCAAAGAUGAAAUUCUCCUGACCUUGGAGAAACAUGGAGGCAUCUGUGACUGCCAGACUUCCAGAGACACAACAAUGUAUGCCGUUUCUGCAGAGGCGAAGGGCUUGGAUACGGUGGUCGGCCUUCUGGCCGAUGCCAUCCUGCAGCCUCGCCUGACUGAUGAGGAGAUCGAGAUGACUCGCAUGGCUGUGCGGUUUGAGCUGGAGGACCUCAAUAUGAGACCAGACCCUGAGCCUCUGCUGACAGAAAUGAUACAUGCGGCUGCCUAUCGGGGGAACACGGUCGGGUUGCCCCGCUUCUGUCCCAUGGACAACGUGGAGAGGAUUGACCGCACGCUGCUGCACGCCUACCUGCGGAGCUACUACACCCCAGAGCGCAUGGUGUUGGCGGGGGUGGGCGUGGAGCACGAGCAGCUGGUGUUCUGCGCCAGGAAGUACCUCCUCGGGGUGAGGCCUGUGUGGGGGGUGGGCACGCCCAGCAGCGCUGACCAAUCUGUGGCCAUCUACACUGGUGGUAUCAUCAAGACAGAGAAAGACAUGUCAGAUGUGAGUCUAGGCCCUACCCCCAUCCCUGAGCUGACCCACAUCAUGAUCGGGCUGGAGAGCUGCUCCUUCCUGGAGGAUGACUUCAUUCCCUUCGCGGUCCUAAACAUGUUGAUGGGCGGAGGGGGGUCCUUCUCGGCCGGGGGUCCCGGGAAAGGGAUGUUCACCCGUCUUUACCUCAAUGUGCUCAACAGGCAUCACUGGAUGUACAAUGCCACUUCCUACCACCACAGCUAUGAGGACAGUGGCCUGCUCUGCAUCCAUGCCAGUGCUGACCCCAGACAGGUGCGAGAAAUGGUGGAGAUUAUUACAAGGGAGUUCAUUCAGAUGGGCGGGACACCAGGAGAGAUGGAACUGGAGCGGGCAAAGACCCAGCUGAAGUCUAUGCUGAUGAUGAACCUGGAGUCGCGGCCUGUUAUCUUUGAGGACGUGGGGCGGCAGGUGCUCGCCACCGGCAAGAGGAAGCUGCCGCAUGAGCUGUGUGACCUGAUCAGCUGUGUCACUGCCAGCGACAUCAAGAGGGUGACGGCGAAGAUGCUGCGGAGCAAGCCCGCGGUGGCGGCGCUUGGGGACCUGACAGAGUUGCCCUCCUACGAGCACAUCCAGGCCGCACUCUCCAGCAAGGACGGCCGCCUGCCACGCAUGUAUCGACUCUUCCGAUAGGCCACAGGUAGCUGACCACUCACGACCACCUCGGAGGAGCACACAUGUCGGAAACUGAACCACAAUACUGUUCUCUCACUGGAGAGGGUGCGAAGCAAUGGUGGAAUGUAAAGUGCUCGAUUACUAUUAAGUAAAAAUUAUCCACAGGCUUAGGAGGAGGUGUUGCCUUACAAAGAUCUGUCUUACAUAUUAAGUCGCUGUUAUCCAAGCAUAUAGUUCAAAUAGCUGUAUUUAUUGGUUAUAAAGCUGUCAGACCAUAGUAAGGGUUGGGGGGGUGGGGGGUGUAACUUGAAGCCACGUUCUGACCGAAAGAUUGGCUAGGCGCUGUCCUGUUAUGGACCAGCUGUUCUUGGACUACUGUUGUAAAUUUGCAUGCAUUUGGUUGUGAAUCAGAAUGUGCAAGUCAAGAUCAGCAAGCCAAAAAUCUGAUAAGGACUGUUGGUGCUGAGAAGUAAUCACACAUAACAAUAUCUUAACCAAAACGUGUAUCAGUGGGGAGUUAAGACUCUGUCGUUCCCAUGAAGGUGGAACCUACAAAUCAGUAGUUUAGGGUUUUGGAAGGUAAUAUGCUGAGGCCCAGUGGUUAGACUUGAUAAUGAUAAUCUGUUAGUCAAGAGUUUCUGUUCGGUUCUGCUAAGCAUGUACCCUUAUUGACUGCUGAACAGUGUAUAACUUGAGAAAAUUUUCUCCCAAGAACCUGAAUAGAUUCAGGGAACUUGCACUAUGCUACAGGAAUGUACUUGAUGCAUUUUUAGAUGUAGUGUACUUUGCCUGGUUCUUUGAUUUCAUGGGGGGGAAAAAAAUGUAAAAAUUGAGAAAUUGGAAUAUUUGUGUGGUUACGAUUUUUCCUCUAGGUAUGAAUGAUUCUCCUACAUGGUUUGCAGAUUGCAUAGGGCUACUCCAUGUGAAACUGAUGAUGGAUGGGUCAUUCCACAUCUUUCCUCAAUCGACAUCAUUUGAAAUCUCUAUUUAAUUUUGAAAUUAAUUAAGAAAUCAAUUUUGAAUUGAUCCGACUACCAACAUUUUGUUGGUCACAUUUUAGCCACAGACUGGCAAUUAUGUCAAUUUCAAGAUGUUCACAAGGACCACCAUUGAUAUUUUUUUAACCUUGAUCUCAUUGUGGUAAAAUUAUUUUUCCUUUUUUGUUUUGUCCAUACCCUUCCCUGUUAUUCCUUUAUGUUGUGUUUACCGUUGUUUUAGGCAUGGCAAAGACUGGACAGUAGAAAGAAUGGAAACUAUGAAUUCAGCUAUUGUGAACUGUGGUGAACCCCCGAAAAUAAUUAAUCUGGUUCAAAUCAAUGAAACGGUUUUAGGUUAGCUGCAUAUGUACAUACCGGAUGUUUCAAUGUUUCUAUUGUUUGCAUUUGCUUCCAUACAUUUUCUUCAUUUCUCUGUUGUACUACAUGACAGAUGGCACCACUGCCAUUGACAUAUGUGGUUAUCCAGACUACUGAUCAGAUUUGACUACUUAAAUUCCACCAUCCUUUGCAGAAUCCAGUGUCAGUCUUCAGUAUCUUUCUGGGUCUGUGACAGUGUUACAUGUAUAAUCUUGUAUAUAUGUAUGGAGGCUUGUAACUCAAGCACUUUCCGGUUACUGUACAAUUGAUUAGUUGAAUUUGGCACUGAGUGUUUUAGGAUGUUGGUUUUUAACAAG